AUGCUUCAAUUAUUUUUGUUCUUUAUUCUGCAUGCUCAGUGGGUACUAGGAAAUACUGAAAAGAUCAUCUUCCUUGCACCGAGCAAUCUCGAAGUCCCAGUCGAACAUCCAACUUUGGAGGAUCUACAGCUCGAAGCUCUAUCCCCGCAACAUUGGUCUUUGAGAACGCACAUUGGAGCAGAAUUUCCGACGACCGCUUCCAAGUAUGGGCAGCCAUCAUGGUAUCUACUUCAUAAUCUACAAGAGGGGCAGAGAUACGAAGUCCGGAUUUGCUGGGCUGCCACCCAACCAACUUCCUUUCGUCUCGAAACCUAUGAUCUUUCUACCGUCUUCGAAACCCCAGAUCUGAUCACUUCUCUGGCACAGUUCUCCGAAUCUAGACAACCAGACCUGCUCGAUGCAGAAAGCCAAAAGCCAAGUGUUGCAAGACCAGAGAAGAAGUCCAAACAUACACCGAAAGGCGCCUCUUCGACAUUAUUGCUGCAGAUCUUUGCAGCGGCAGAUUACUACACCAUGAAUAAGACUCUAAUGAAUGAUGUACCACCAGUCUUUGUCGACAUUAUACUCGAUCCAUACAUCUACAAUGUCUUUCCACGGUCAUUACUUCCGACUGCUGUCUACAUCAUUAUACUUGCGAUCGGAGGUUGGCACCUUGCCAAGUACAUCAGCGUGCUGGUGAAAGGUAUAGGACAUGGAAGAUCAGAUCCAGAAAAAAAGAAGACAUAA